AUGGCGGCCAACUUCUGGACGUCGUCGCACUGCAAGCAGCUGCUGGAUCCCGAGGAUGUGGACCUGGUUCCGGCGGCGGACCGGGAGCGGGGCAUCACGCCGGAGGAGUUCCGCCUCAUCAAGAUCCAUAUGUCGUUCCAUAUCUGGAGGCUGGCACAGCAGGUUAAAGUGAGGCAAAGGGUUAUAGCUACAGCAGUCACUUACUUCAGGCGUGUGUAUACAAGGAAGAGCAUGUCAGACUAUGAUCCUCGUUUGGUUGCACCUACCUGUUUGUAUUUGGCAUCUAAGGUGGAGGAGAGCACAGUGCAAGCCCGGCUUCUUGUCUUUUACAUAAAAAAGAUGUGUGGUUCCGAUGACAAGUAUCGGUUUGAAAUUAAGGAUAUUCUUGAAAUGGAAAUGAAGCUUCUGGAAGCUCUUGACUAUUAUUUGGUUGUUUUCCAUCCAUAUCGUCCUCUCUUACAGUUAUUGCAGGAUGCUGGCAUAACAGAUCUGACACAAUGUGCCUGGGGCCUUGUUAACGAUACAUACAAGAUGGACCUUAUCCUCAUAUACCCUCCCUACAUGAUUGCACUGGCCUGCAUAUACAUAGCAAGUGUUCUGAAAGACAAGGACACCACAGCAUGGUUUGAAGAGCUCCGUGUUGACAUGAACAUAGUUAAGAAUAUCUCUAUGGAAAUAUUAGACUUCUAUGACACCUACAAGAUUGAUCCUCAAAGGGGCAUCCCUGAGGAUAAGAUAAGCCCCGUGAUGAACAAGUUGCCGGCGAAGGCUUAA